AAUUUCACCCGUCUAUACUCUUAUUGAUGAUAAAAAUGAGCCAAUCAGUGCGCGAGAAAUUGGACAGUUAUUGUGAAAAUGGAAAUUUUUCCACGGCACACCCCAGCAGCUUGGGUCCUGGUCCUGGAUAUAGGAGAAAAACGCAAGACCCAUCUGUAGUAAUGGCGACUGUUGACUUUGUACUGUGGGGAAAACACGAGGGCACUUUCAGUUAAUCAAGCGGGCUUUCUUGACCACACGUGAAGGCUUUGGGGAAUGGUUGUGCCUAAAUCCACCCAAAACAGUUCCCACAACAUCUUGGAUGAGAAAGCGCGAGAGGGCUGGAGCGAGUUAAAAGCGGCCAUGGGAGGGAGGGGAUGACACUCUGAAAGAGGGGAAGAGAAGGGAAAAUACGUUUGUUUUGUUUUUUCUCGCUCCCCCGCCUCUUUCCGGCCUCGUUCAAACACUCUAACUGCAUUGAUUAUUUUGUGUUCCCUCGUGAAAAACGCCUGCAUUGCAGACUAGUCUCUUAUGAGGGUCUCCCAGGGGUUUUGGGGAACAAGGGAACAUUGGCAAAAUAUCGAAGGGAACAAGGGAACGUUAGCCUUUUUUUGGGAACAGGGGAACAAAACUCGAAAAAUUACAAAGGGGAACAAAUAACGAAAAUGUGUGGAAAUAUGGGAACAUAGGGUAAUUUUUGAACGGAACAAGGGAACAAAGACCCCCCUGGGAGACCCUCUCUUAUAUUCUCACUGUCACGUCAUGUUCCGCUCUGUUGAAAACGACUUCGUCCAUUUCCGUACUGCAACCUCGUCCCCAGGGUGCUUUCCUCGACGAUUUUCAAAAUGGCGGCUCGUCGGGAGACCAUUUUAAAAAGUGGAGAAGUCCUUGGGGACGAGGUUGCUCUUUGAUGGGUGAUAUGCUUCUGUUUAUACGGAUCGCGCUCUUUUUUGGAAGUGACACUCUACAUCUGUGGCCACAUAGUGGUGGCCAUCUGUGGCGUCGAACGGUGGAUGGCAGUGAUGGAGCCCGUGGGAGUCGUCACCCUUGUGCUUGGCAUGGAGAGAUGGACAUGAUGGUAGUUCCAAAUAAUGCAACAUCAUCAGGAGUAACUGCUGUUCUUGCUCAACCUGUUUUUGACCAGGACAAAGACAUGCUUGAUGCUGGUUGUUCAUUGAUUGAAGGGAAGCAGGAUUCAAGUGACAUGGGAUUAGGAUUUUCCCAAGCCAUUGCUACUGCUAUAACAUUUUUCUUUGCUUAUAAGCACCAUUACAGUUAUCAAAGGACUCUGUUCCCCAUAAUCCAAGUCUUUAGAAGUGGAUUUGAAAUUUUCCUUUACGACUCUGAGACUGAUGUUGUUCUCAUGAACACGUUCCAAUGGCUUCCUACAACAGUUGUUUACUUGUGGGCUGUACUACACUACCGUUUGCUGCUGACCAAAACCACUAUAUUAGAAGAAAACUUUAAAUGUAGUUAUAGGAGAUUGUCAGAUGAAUUUGGUGGUUUGACUCGGUUUGAAGGACCCACAAAGUUUGCUCUCCCAAUAGCCAAUAUUUCACAUGAGCAAAAACGUAUUACUGAUGUGCUUUUUAGAUCUGCGGGCGAGAAACGAAAACAUGUACCAUAGAUGUAGUGGGCACCGGCCAAUAGAUGGAUUCGGAAUUGAACACCUCAGUGAGUGAAAAAAGGGUUGGAACUUGUUUUGGUUGCAAACUACACCCCAUGCCACUGAAAUCCAAAAGAAAUUGUAGGCUGGGAUCUUUUAAAAUACAUGUAACAUUGGGAGCAUAUGCAUUUCUUGAGGUUUGUUGAAUGAAGUAAGUAACGUGUUGAGGAAUGCUAAUUACUGCACUGUAUGCCAAAUACAGGAGGUAUCCAUAAAUAACUCUAAUCAGGCGACGUCAGUAAAUAAAUGGGUUGUUCAAAGCCCGAUUAAGCUCACCCAGGAUUAGCGAGAAUUUUGAUUUCAGUUUUGUAACUUUUUGGUGAGGUGUUCUGUUUAUAUCGUUUGCCCUACAGUUUUGAUCUGUAGUAAUCUCAAACUAAACCAAACGUUAGAGGUGAAAAACAUUUUUAAACAAGAAAAAAUAACACUUCAGUGAACAUUUAAUCCUGGGUUACCGUUAACCGGCUUUCGAACAACCCGGGCCUGGUUCCCAGCCAGUACUAUAACCAAAUGAGAUACACUUGGAUAAGCCCGUCAAUUUGUCACGGUAAAAUUUGUUUCUUACGGCUGUCGUGCGCUCAUUUUACAAACUUUUGAAAGCAUGUAUCGAUAUCAAUAGAAAUAUUUAAAAAUAUUAACUUUACAGUUAUUGUAUAUUUCCAAAGUCCCACAAGUAAAGUAAGUGAAGUAAGUAAAAGCUUUAUUAAUGUGGCAGUGUAUUUAGUUUUCACAACUAACUGGGGGCACAACAACAACACCAAAAAAAAUUAAAAUUAUUUACAAAUAAGGAAUAGUAACAAAAAUGUAUCUACAAUUGAAAUAUGUAGCAUGUAUAAAUUGUACAAUCAAACAAUGGGUACAUAG